ACCAAGAUGGCGGUUUAUUGGAACGUCAAGAUUUUUGUCUCGAUUCUCUCGUAGUUUUUCAUCCUUUAUAACCUUUAUUUCCUUCCCCUUAAACCAAGAUGCAAUCCCUUAAUCCCUAAACUAAACAGAUCGAGUUCGUGAUGCUUCAAAGUCAAGCGCCAAACCCGGUAAAACCGGUGACGAAGCCCGUCAUGUCGAACCCCGUUGAGGCAAACUCAACUGACGAUCAACGAAUGUUCAUGAACAGGCAGCCGUUGGUAUUCGAUGGAAAGCGAAUGAGGAAACCCGUGGCAAGAAAAACUAUUGAUUAUAAUUCUAGCGUAGUGAGAUAUCUAGAGAAUCGUAAGUGGUUUAAGAAUCUCAGCUCAAGACAUACAAUCCAGCCAGAUGAGUCAUAUGCUACUGAGGUAUUACCACCAUCUUGUAUGCAAGAUAAUCCCAUCAAUGCAGUUACAACAAAGUUUGUCAGAACUUCAACUAAUAAGCUAAGAUGUCCAAUCUUUUGUGUGGUGUGGACUCCUGAAGGUCGCCGUCUUGUAACUGGUGCAUCCAGUGGAGAGUUUACACUUUGGAAUGGUCUGACAUUCAACUUUGAAACAAUUCUUACUGCCCAUGACCUACCAGUGCGUUCAAUGGUCUGGAGUCACAAUGACUCCUGGUUAUUAUCGGGUGAUCAUGGUGGAGUAGUAAAGUAUUGGCAAUCCAACAUGAAUAAUGUACAAAUGUAUGAAGCACACAAAGAGCCGAUAAGAGGAUUAAGUUUUUCUCCAACAGAUAAUAAAUAUGCAUCAUGUGCUGAUGAUGGUUUGGUCAAGAUAUGGGACUUCUACCGCUGCACAGAAGAAAAAGUUUUAAGAGGUCAUGGUGCAGAUGUCAAAUGCCUUGAUUGGCAUCCAACUACUAGUAUUUUGGUGUCUGGAAGUAAGGAUAGCCAGCAGCCUAUUAAAAUUUGGGACACACGAACAGGCAAUAGCCUUGCAACACUCCAUUUACACAAGAGCACCGUCAUGAGUAUUAAGUGGAACCAGAAUGGGAACUGGCUUCUCACUGCAUCUCGUGAUCAUCUGCUGAAGUUAUUGGACAUCAGAAUGAUGAAAGAAGUGCAGACCUUUAGAGGACACAAAAGAGAAGCAACUGCAAUUGCAUGGCAUCCUAUUCAUGAGGGUUUGUUUGCAAGUGGAGGAUCAGAUGGUUCUAUAAUGUUUUGGAAUGCAGGUGUUGAAAAAGAUGUUGGUAACAUGGAGUUAGCACAUGACGGCAUGGUAUGGAGUCUGGCAUGGCAUCCAUUGGGUCAUAUCUUGUGUUCUGGAUCAAAUGACCAUUCAAGCAAAUUUUGGACGAGGAAUAAAUUAGGAGAUAGAAUGAGAGAUAAGUACAAUCUCAACAUGCAAGACACAGAAGAUGAUACAGGUGACGACAUUGGUGCUCCUGGUUUCUCUGCCAACCACACCAUGGCAAUCCCAGGCAUGGAAUCAGCAGCAGAGGAUCCUGAUUCUUUCGAGUAUGAAGACUUAGACUACUCGACCUUACCAGGAUUCAGAGGACCUCAAAGAUCUAAUGAACCAGAUGUCAACUCUUCUCGACCAGAAAGACCAGUUAUUCCUGGUUAUGGUUCUCCACCGUCAAAACCCACACAACCACUACCUCCAUUUGCAAACCAGGUUGAAGAGCCUGGUAUGAAGUUUGCUCCGCCUAAUGAUGCUGGGCCAAGGCCACCAUUUAGACCACGGGAUGGUGAUUUUGCAGGGCGUCAAAGGAAUGAAUAUGCUGGUGAUAAAGAACGCCACUGGAAACCCCCUCCUCAGCAGUUAAACAUGAAGUUUCAUCCAGGACCCCCUACGGAACAAAGACCACAAGAACAAGGACCCCCAGCUGAUCCACGAGAACCACAUGGUCCAGAUGCAUGGGGACCACCAAGAGAUCACCGAGAAAUAGAAAACAGGGGCCGAGGAAAUGAGCCUAGAUUUGGCCCAGGUCCUAAUUUCACUAGGGGUCCCCAUGGUCCAGGUCCUAAGGACUCAUUUAAGAUGGGGCCACAAAACAACUCAGAACAAAGCAUCCUUGGUUCGCCACCACGUGUUCCUGAGGGGCUUAGACCUGAACCGGAGAAAUGGCCCCUCGUGGCACCUCCUUUGGGAGGUAGGAUGAGUAGUAUUCUUGGAUCACUACCUCCCUUCACAGGACCACCGAAUGCAAGACCUGGGAUACUUGGUGCGCAUCCUGGACUUGAUAAGGAAAGAGAGCCAGAGCAGAGAAGACUAGUUGUAGGAGAUAGAGACGAACACAGGGAACCAGCAAACUUCGAAAUUCCUGGCGUCCAACCAUCUCAUCCUCAUGACCUCAGCUCAAGGGGUUUCCGUAGGGGCAUUGGCAAAGGGAUCUUGGGUCCUAGACCAGGAAGUGACCAACAGCGUCCUCAUCCACAAGAUCUGAACGACGAACGAAAUGGAGAGAAUCGUGGUCGAGGGCGUGCUCCAUUCCAACGAGGAGGUCGGGGAGGCCCUAGAGAGGCCCAAGGGCCUGACGACAACAGGCGACCAUGGCCUCCUAAUUCUGGACCCAUUGAUCCUAGAUUUCGUAGACCAGAAGAACAUGACCAAACUGAUCGACAUCCAUUUGACAGACAACAACCAUGGGAUGAGCCUCCUGAGAAUGAGCCCGUACAUCCACAUGACUUCCGAGGGCCACCUCAUAUGGAACCUAAUCAUGGAGCCAGAGAUUUUGGCCCCCCACCUCGUGACCCUAGAGCAGGACCCCAUUACGGACGUGGACCUCCUCAAGACAUUGAUACAAGAGACCCAAGAGGCCCCCCAGAUCCCCCGGAAAGACGAUCCUCCGAUGACUCCCAGAGGCCCCCUGAAAUUAAGCCCCGACCACUUAUGAGCCUCAUGAGUAUAAAUCCGAUCAUCCCUCCUCCAGGUAGAAAAAUAGAACACGAUGAUCCAGAUCGGUCUCCCAGUCAGAGAAAACGCUCUGGGGAGGGAGAACUUGAAAGAGAACGAGAAAGAGACCGAGAAUGGGACAAUUUGGGACCUCCACAAAAAAUGAGGUUUCCUCCCGGUCCACCUGAAGAUAGACGCGACAGUAGGGGAGAGAGACCCUUUCCCGAGGAACCAGUAGGGUGGAGAGGAAGGGGUGGCAUGAGAUGACGUUGCUUUUAAUGUACAUACGCGGCUUACCCUUACUCAAGUAUUUUCUGCUUGGCAUCUCUAGUCCAUCGUACAUCUGGAGUGCUUAUCAUUUAACCGGGGGAAAAACGGACAUUCCAGUUAAUAAAAAAAAAUCUUUUCCAUCGGAAAGUUCUGGAAAACUCGGUCUUCAGCUUGAGGUAAUCCACUUUCCCGCUCUUUGCUUCUUUCGUUAGACGCGUGUACCAUUUUUCGAAUUCAAAGUUUCCCGCUUUUUUUUUUUUUUUUUUUUUUUUUUUUUUUUUUUUUUUUUACGAUCAGCGAAUAAAUUUCAAACCGGAUGGUUUGGUUUGAAUGGUAAGCACUCCUGUAAGCUCCAUAUACCUGUGUUUUGGUACUGGUAUACCACACGAAGAUCAAAAGAUAUAAAGUUGUGAUUGGACGUUGGCGUAAUGCUCUUUUCUAGUGUUAUGGUUUUCGUAUCUUUUGCUACUCGUCCAGUUUCCGGCCUACAAAACCUAGGAACGGACUCGGCCAUUGUCGCAUAGUUCUCCAUGAAAUAUAUAUUUUAAAAAAUUUUGUACUAUGAAAAGCAAACGAUGCCUAUGACGUCCCUUUUAAAAUAUCUUGCCAGAUGAUAGAGCUUCGAUGCAUCCAAGAAGAUCUAUUCAGUAACGUAAUAGAAAAUCCUAUCUUCUCUUUUGGAAAUUCUGCUACAUAUGUCCGUAUAAACGCAUUUUUUGCUAGUCUAAAGCUUGGUUUUCACUGGCCAAAAUAAAACACAAGCGCAAGCGAAACAAAAUAAGAACUGUAGUGCUUGAAUUUGUGGAUUAACUUUCAAUAUGGAUCAUAGAAAUGCAGUUCUUUUAUGAACCAUGUUUUCAAUAUUGAAAUCAAUGGUGACUCGUCCUCAGUCGUAUCUCACUUGUCUUCAUCGACGCGAACAAGGGUCAAGGGAAGAUAAGAAAGAAGGGCAGGACGCGUCGUCUCUCUUAUUUUCCCCUUCCCUUGACCCUUUGCGCGCGCUCUUAAAAUAAGAGGCGACUGGGGACGAGUCAGGGAAUCAAUGCACACAUGAUCAUGACCUAUCGCAAGUCACCAUUUCUUUUGUAUCCGUUUUCCGGAGAACCUGUACAGACCCCUUGCAACACUUUGGGAUUCAGUUCACUUUGGGGGACAAAACGAUAGGUUGCAACUCUCAGGAGAUUGGAAUUCUUUUUUUUGUCCCCCAGAUUGUGCUGCUUUGACGUCACAUGCAGGGGGUCUAUAGCACUACAGUUGAUGUUAUGUAUUCAAUAAAUCCAUCGUAUUCUAUUGUA